AUGGACCAGGAGAUUGUGUUCACAGUCUACUACCAACAGCCAUGUUUCCGCCUUGACAAAGUGCCCCUGAACCUGGACGUCAUUGUCAUCGGGAGUGGUAUCGGUGGGCUGGCAGCUGGAGCCACACUGGCCAAAGCAGGGAAGAAAGUCCUGGUGCUGGAACAACAUUACCAAGCAGGAGGCUGCUGCCACACCUACAUAGAGAAAGGCUUCGAGUUUGAUGUUGGGCUUCACUACAUUGGUCAGGUUGGUGAGAACAGUCUGCUGCGCGUCGCCUUCGACCAGAUCUCCGAGGGCCAGUUGGAGUUCCAUGAACUAAAUCAACACUUUGACACCAUCCAUAUUGGCCUGGGCGAUGAGAAACGAGAGUACACCAUUUUAUCUGGUAAAACUGAAAUGAAAGCCCAUCUGAUGAAGCAAUUCCCUGAUGACACAGAGGCCAUUGAGACAUUCUUCAAAAUCAUGAAGGUCUCAGCUAAGCAUGCUUACUACCUGGCAAUUCUAAAGCUGAUCCCGCAGUGGGUCUCUUUAUUUCUGCUGAAGUCAGGCAUCGGAAACCUCGUCUCGUCGGUCUUCCGCCUCUCUGGCACAUGUGCAACAGAAUUUGUGAACACCCUGACCAGCAACAAGGACCUCCACGUCAUCUUUGCUUAUCUUUUCUAUGGUGUGCCUCCAAAGGACUCCAGUAUUAUGAUCAAUUCCCUCCUGAUUCAUCACUACAAACGAGGUGCCUUCUACCCUAAAGGUGGUGCCAGUGAGAUCGCCUUCCACAUCAUCCGCACCAUUCAGAAAUAUGGAGGAAAUUGCCUGGUCAGAGCUCCCGUCUCCAGGAUUCUGGUUAAUGAGAAGGGAGAAGCUUAUGGUGUGAAAGUGAGGAAAGGUCAGGAGGAAGUGGAGGUUCUCGCACCUGUGGUUGUUUCAAACUGUGGCAUCUUCACCACCUUCCAGAAACUUCUUCCCCCUGAGAUUCGAGCCAAGACAGAUAUUCAGGAAAGACUGGACAUAAUGAAACAUGGCAGAGGAUCCUUUUUGGUCUUCUCUGGCUUUGAUGGAACUGAAGAGGAGUUGGGCCUCAAGUCCACAAACAUCUGGUUGUUCAAAGACAAUGACAUGGACAAGUCGAUGGAUGACUUCUUUGCAUUGAGCAAAGAGGAAGCACCAGAUAAUAUCCCCAUGAUGAUGAUCACAAUACCAUCUUCCAAAGACCCAGAAGCCAAAAUAAGACACCCUGGUACAGACACUCACUACUUUUUACUGUAG